UUGCUCUCAACAGUAUGAUCCCUCAGCAUCUUAUCAACAAGUCACUCUCGACCCACGAGGAGUUCGACGACAAAACCGAAGCCGCCGACGUAGCCAAAGCUUUUCCAAGAAAGGUUCUAGGAAAAACUAUUCUUGUUACGGGCGCCAAUAAGACUGGUCUUGGCUUCUCAGCUCUUCAAGCUUUUGCCUCUCAAGCUCCAGCAAACUUGAUCCUCGCCAGUCGUAGCCCAGGAAAGAUUAAGGAGUGCAUUGAUGCACUCGCAGCGGAAUAUCCAAAUGUCAAAUACCACGCGCUAAACCUCGACCUUUCCUCCCAGAAAGCAGUUCGCGCUGCUGCAUCCGAGCUCUUGUCCAGGGAUGAAAUCGAAGCCAUCGACAUCGUCGUCAACUGCGCCGCAAUUUUUGGAUUCGGGCCAGCGGGACGAGUGUUGACCGAAGACGGUAUCGAAUCCCACUUCGCUACUAAUCACAUCGGACACUGGCUCUUCACCAACUUGAUCAUGCCCAAGCUCAUCAAAGCAUCGGCUAAGAACCCCAAAGGGGCCACCCGCAUCAUCAACGUUAGCGCUGGGUCUCCCAUGAGCGCUGGAAUCCGCUGGAGCGAUAUGAACUUUGAGAAGAUGGUCAAGGAUUUGCCCGAAGACGAGAGACCAAGUGCUUUCCUACACAAAUUGUUCGGAAUCGACAUCAACGAUGAAACCGUCUUUACCUAUCUCGAGGGUUACAACCAGAGCAAAGUAGCGAAUGCUUUGUUCACUGUCGGUAUCAACACCAGGUUAUAUGAGAAGUACGGUAUCGCGUCUUUCGUUUUGCAUCCUGGAGUAAUCAUGACAGAGUUGGCUCGAGGUGCUACAGAUGACCAGAUAGACGCCGUCAAUAAACAGCCCAUUGUGCGUAAGACGCUAUCCCAGGGCUCUUCUACGACGUUGGUUGCGGCACUGGAUCCCAAACUCACUGACAACUUGAGCACGCAAGAGCCAUUAGUGUUCUUAGCGGAUUGCCAGUUAGUCAAGUUGCCUCCUAAGAGUUCGUCCAAGGAGAAUGCUGACAGGCUGUGGGAUUUGUCGGAGGAGCUGACCAAGGAGAAAUUCUCCUGGUAA